AUGAUGCAUCUCUAUCAUCAUCCGGAAUGUGCGAGCACCGCUCUUUUCUGCGUCCCUCGGUUCCCGAAGAAGAAGAGGGAACAAUUGAAAUGGUGUCAUACGAAGGGUUUGAAUCCAGGAUGGGGUCUUGAGUUCAUCGAAGGUUGGGAUAUGAAGAAGAUUUGGAUAAUUGUGUUUGUUCUUUUUUGUCUCGGCAGCCUUCUCGUUGCGGCCAUGUUGACGAUUUUUGGGAAGAGUCUCCAGGAUGCAUUUGCUGUUGCGGCAUACAUGGUGACAAUGGCUACAGUGACAAUUGGUUUUGUGCAGGCGCUUCUAGUUUGA